AUGGCAUCGACAUUCAAUCGAGAUUACACUACAAGUGAAAGAAUUGGACUUGCAUUAUCACUUCAAUUUACGGCUGAAGCUUAUUCAAGAAUUUGCCCAAUUUCACAAUUAGCAGUUGCUGGCAACAAUUCACACCAGGUAGAUUUGCAAAAUCAUCUGGUCCUAAUGGGUCAUGAAGAGGAACCUUCGUUCUUACAUGGUCAUGUGUGGGGUAGAGGUAUACCAAAUGAACAAUACGUAGAGAAUGUCGAAUUAGGAGGACCAAUGCCUGGUGAAAUAUUUGAUAUGCGGGCCACUACCAAGGGAGUAAGUGGAAAUGAAAGCAUGAUCUUGUGGAAGGAGCACGAGAUGGAAAAUGUGGUGAAGAGAGUCAAGUUGGAAAUGUCACAAAUUAAGCAAGAGUAUGAGGAACAAGGUUUAGUCAUUCAAUUGUAA